AACAAGGUAAAAAUCCUUAGAAGUGAUAAUGGCCUAGAGUUUGUAAACAAUCAUGUAAAGGAAACAUUGAAAAGACGUGGAAUUACACAUCAGACUACAGUAGCAUAUACUCCAGAACAAAAUGGAAAGGCAGAAAGAGAAAAUAGAACAUUAGUGGAAGCAGCUAGGACAAUGAUACAUGACAAAAAAUUGCCGAAGAAGCUAUGGGCUGAAGCGAUAAAUACAGCGGUCUUCGUGUUGAACAGGACGGGAAAGAGUCAUGAAGAUGGGCGAUCUCCAUUUGAGCAGGAAGACGAGUUAAAACCUCAAGAGAAGACGAGUGAAAGUCAAGCUGUAUUCUCAUUAGACCUUGAAGACGAGCCCGUGCAAGAGAAAAGUCCUGAGACAGAUAUUGAUGAGAUACGAACCAUUCACCCUAACGAAACCAUUAACCCUAAUGAAACUAUUGACCCUAACGAAAUAGAAACAACCCACACAAGUAGUUCAACUCUGGAAGAUAACUCGGACAGUGACAGUGAUUAUUUGCCUUGCAGUGACGAAGAAUGCCUCUUGAAAGAUGUUAUUCCACCUACAGCAGAGAGGACUGGACCAAAGUGA